AUGGAGUCUGGAGAACGGCGAAGUGUGAAGCGGUCGCGCUUUGACCAGACGGAGCCGGAGCCCAAACGGACGUCGCGAUUCGACCGGCGUUCUCGCUCACCGCCCCCCCGGAAGCCAGACUCUGGGCGUGAGCGCAGCCCCCUGUCUCGCGAUCGUGAGACUUCUGCCGAACAUGAGGCGAGUCGCGUCGACCCGGCAGCGGCAGCCGCCGCGGUUGCUGCAAAGAUCAGCGAGCAGCUCAAUGCGCGCAAGACGGGCGGCCGCGAUUCGGAAGCCUCGCCAGCGCGAUCGACGCCCCUGACGAACAUGAAGGCCACGGCCACGGCGUCGGCUGCGAACAUCAACGGCGAGAUCUACGUCUCGGACGGAGACUUUAUCAAGGACAUUGAAAUCAACGAUCUUCGAAACCGAUACGUCGUGACGAACGCGGCGAAUCAGAAAAAGAUCAAGGACGAGACUGGUGCUGAUGUCACAACGCGCGGAAGCUACCUGCCCGACAAGAGCAUGGCCUCGCCUUCGGUAAAGACUCCUCGGACACCGGCUGGAAGGCUAGAGACUGACGUGCACUACUUGCAGAACCCGCCGCUAUACCUCCACAUCACGAGCACGACCAAGGAGGGCCUCGAGAAGGCGAUUGCCAAGGUCAACGAGAUGAUCGAAAAGGAGCUGCCGCCACUUGUGGACGAGAGGCGUUUCCGGCGGCGAGAGAGGGAGCAGGAUCCUGUCGAGCGAGACGAGUACGGCCGGCGAAAGUGGCCGGACCAUAAGAUCCCCGUCAGCCUCGAGCCGGUUCCCGGCUUUAACCUGCGCGCCCAGGUUGUCGGCCACGGCGGUGCGUACGUCAAGCACAUCCAGCAGGAGACCGGCUGCCGUGUGCAGAUCAAGGGGCAAAACUCCGGCUUCAUCGAGUCCUCUACCGGCCGGGAGAGCGACGAACCCAUGUUCUUGCAUGUGACUGGUCCUGACGCCAGCAUGGUGGACAAGGCGAAAGAACUGUGCGAGGAUCUGCUGGAAAACGUCAAGGAGCAUCCUGUGGCAGCGGGCGCAGUGGUCUCUCCCGGGGGCGAUGCAGCGGCUGCUGCUGCGGCAGCCGCGGCAGGAGGUACCGGAGCUGCAGACUAUGCCGCUCAGUAUGCGCAGUACUACGGGACCAGCGAUCCAUAUGCGCCGUAUGGUGGCUAUGCUGCUUAUGUUCAAUACUACCAGCAGUACUAUGCUGCUGCACAGCAGGCCCAGCAGGCCCAGCAGCAGAGCACACCGCCACCUCCUGGUGUCGGCUCGACGUCUCCGCCGCCUCCUCCACCUGCGAGCGAGGCUCCACCGCCGCCGCCGCCACCGGGAGGGCCACCGGGAGUGUCCAGCUACAGCGCUACAGGGGGCGCGACCACGGUAAUGACUCCGCGGGCGGCCGAAAGCGGUAGCACGGAACAGCAGCAGCAGCAGCAGACGCAAGAGUCGUUGCCGACGGUGCUGCGUCUGCACGGUGCCCCCGAGCGCAACGACCGGUCCGUGCAGUGGGCCGAGGACGUAGUGGACAACGAGGGUCUGAACCGGAAGAGUUCGAAAGUCUGCUGCAUCUACCACCGACCACGCGCGGCCGACGAGUCGAGCGAUUCGGACUCUUCGUCGUCGGACUCGGACUCGGACUCGGACUCGGACUCGGAUGCGUCUGGCCCCGACGCCGGCGACGCAGAUCACGCAUAUCGCAGCCGACCACGGCCGCUGCCGCAUCGACACGCGCCAGACUGCCCGGAGAAUGGUCAGGGCAGCGGCCAGAACGACCACGGCCACGACCAUGACCAUGAUCACGAUCAUGACGACAAGGACAGCGACAAGGAUGACGGCAAUGGGCCCCGCGGCAGCGGCAAGAGCCGGCGGAGGCCCAGCCCCAAUGCGUACGAGAAGAUGCCGCGAUACGACCGGCCGGCCAAGCCGAGCGGCUCUGGUGGCGCUUGA